AAAGCGCUGGAACAUUUUGUUUAGGAAGCCAAAUUAGUUAAAACAGCUGGACGGACGUCCCGCGGCGCGUCACCCGAGGCGGUGUUUUGAACAAAAACAGUUCGGGUUUGACUCCUGCCCACCACGGCCCGGCGGACGUUAGGACCGAACUUUAAUCGCUCCGAGUUUGAGUAAUGAAAGAGAAACACGCCUUCGCCUCAUGCCUGCUUUCAACAAAAAAGAAGUUAUGGAUCUUCGAAACGGGAAGAAAAGAAAGGUAAGCGGGGGCGUGCGGAGUCGCAGGCGGCCUGCGGCCGCCAGGAUGAAGCGGGAGGCGGGGAAGGUCCUCCGCUCCCUCACGGUGGAGAGCAACAUUCGUCGCUCCGGGCUCAUGGACGACGAGGACUGCUUCUCUAUCAGCUUCCUCCGGCCCGACCCGUCCGGCGCAGCCUCGGCCGUGUCGCCCCGCUACAGCCUGCUCCGCGAGGUGGGCCGCGGCAGCUACGGUGUUGUGUACGAGGCCGUGGCCCGGAAGACCGGGGCCAGGGUGGCGGUCAAGAGGCUCCAGUGCGACGCCCCGGAGAACGUGGAGCUGGCCCUGGCCGAGUUCUGGGCCCUGACGAGCCUGGAGAACCGACACCAGAACGUGGUCCAGCUGGAGGAGUGCGUGCUGCAGAGGAACGGCCUGGCCCAGAAGAUGAGUCACGGCAACAAGAGGUCCAAACAGUACCUGCGGCUGGUGGAGACCUCGCUCAAAGGGGAGCGUAUCCUGGGUUACCCGGAGGAACCGUGCUACCUCUGGUUCGUCAUGGAGUUCUGCGAAGGCGGCGACCUCAACCAGUACAUCCUGUCCCGGCGGCCCGACCCGCAGACCAACAGGAGCUUCAUGCGCCAGCUGACCAGCGCCAUCGCCUUCCUGCACAAGAACAACAUCGUCCACCGCGACCUGAAGCCAGACAACAUUCUGAUCUCGCAGACGUCCGGUUCUCCGGUCCUGAAGGUGGCGGACUUUGGUCUCAGUAAGGUUUGUGCCUGCCUGAGCUCUAAGAGUGGGGAGGAGCACCCCGCGGCUGGCUGCGGCGCCGGGGGAGCAGCAGGCGGCGGCAAAGGGAGCAACCAGAACAUCAACAAGUUCUGGCUGUCGUCGGCGUGUGGGUCGGACUUCUACAUGGCCCCCGAGGUGUGGGAGGGCCACUACACGGCCAAGGCGGACAUCUUCGCCCUGGGCAUCAUCAUCUGGGCCAUGAUCGAGCGCAUCACCUUCAUCGACGCCGAGUCCAAGCGCGAGCUGCUGGGCACCUACGUCCGGCAGGGCACCGAGAUUGUUCCCGUCGGAGAAGCUCUGCUGGAGAACCCCAAGAUGGUCCUCCACAUCCCCCAGAAGGCCCGGAGCGCCAUGUCCCAGGGGGUGAAGGAGCUGCUGCUGGACAUGCUGGCAGUCAACCCUCAGGACCGACCCGACGCCUUCCAGCUGGAGGUCCGCAUGGACCAGGUCACGUGUGCUGCGUGACGAACACCCGGACCCCCCGGGAACUUUUCCCUUUCUCCCUCCGACUCAACAAUAAGGGAACAGAAACUCCCCCAGCUUCCUCUCCUGCACGGCUCCGGACUCCAGAAACCUGGACCAACUGAACUGUGACGAAUCCACGAUCCUGAGCCGAGCCGGACCACAAAGUGGAUCCUUUAUUCCAAACAGGAGCAGAGACACCUGGUUCUGCUGGUUCUGGAUGAGAACAGCUGGAGAGUAGUGGAGUUCUGGCUGCUCCUGCAACCUGCUUUUAUCUUGUUUUUAUUUAUUUUUUUGUGUUCUCGGACAUUCCUUUUUCACGUUUGUACUGGACUCGGCCGGUUGCCGCUGCGUUCCCGGAACGUCCCGACAUCCUCGUGCCUUAAAGACGAUUCACACCAAGUGCGAUUGGACCUCCAAAAUAAAACUUCCUGUAGGUUUAGGAGCCGAGAUGUUCCCGGCUGCAGUUAAAGUGAUGAAGUGUUUGUUGGUGUUCGAGACCGAGCAGGACUGUGGUGGAUCAGGAGGAUCCUGAUCAUAGAGGAACCCAAAGAGGUGCUGUCAGCACUGCACACACCAACAACUUCACUAAAACACAACUUUUAUCACUUCAAAGGGAAAGUUGCAAUGAUGUGUGAUGAAAAACAAAAAGCGUGGCACCUUGACUCCGCAGUAUUCAGUCGAAAGAUUUCACUUCCUGCUCUCAUUUUCGUUUAGGAGAGUUUCUCGUUUCUUAUCUGGAAAUGACUCCUGAACCCAGCCGGGGGUCCUCCCCGUCGUUUCCUCCUUCAGCGUCUCGUCCCCUCGUCAUCUUCAGACCACGUUAGAGAUGUUACGGCAAAUAUGUCCUGAGAGAACCGCCCGGGGUUAGAUGGAAACACGGAGCUGCUGCCAGAGAGUCCAGGAGAUGGAAAUGAAAGAACAGGAAGAGGGGAUGAAGCUGGAGGACGAGGGGAGGGGUCUCACCAGAAAAUCUGCGUUAAAAACUGUUUUACUGUUCAAAUGUUGGUGAAAUGUGCAGAAUGGUCACUUCAGUUUAACACAGGGUCAAAAUGAGGAGUUUCCUGGUCUAGCAGGAACCAAAUGAUGCAGAGCUCAGAGAAGCUGCUGGACCAGGACCAGGACCGGGAUCAGAACCAGACUAAAGCAGCAAAUCCUCUUUUUGUCUCUGCAGCUGACAGUCACGAUCUGUCACCAAACUCUCCCAAAGUUUAGGGUUUUUUUCUCUUUCUGACCCACAUCAAACCAAACAGAAAAGUUGUGAUCACUCGUUAAAAACACCGUUACAAACUCCUGCCAUCUUCCGUACAUUCUGGUUACAGUCCAGAGAGAUUUCCUUCAGAUUUUAUUUAUUUAGUUUUAUUGUAGUGUGAUCCUACCUCAUGCUUGGUUUUCGUUGACUUUUUUUUUUUAGUUUUACAAAUAAAGUGCAUUCUGAGCAGGAUGGAUCCUUAUUUUAACUUUUGUGACCAUCGCAUCAAACCAGGAAUUAAGUUGAACUGGGUCAAACUAAACUCAGAACAUUUUUACAUUUCUUUUUUUUUAAGCUACGUUUUGCCUCCUGAUCAUUCUGAAAUGAGCAGUUUGAGAUUUAUCGCUUCCAUUUCGUUAACGAGGAAUACUUCUGGAAAAUUAGUCUGGAUUUAUAAGGUUUUCUGAUGAGGAUUUCUUCACGUCGUUUGAAAGAGAGAACCUGAAAAAGUAGCUGAAACCUUUCUGUUCAGAUCAUUGUUCAGGGUUCGAUUUUAAACAUUUCCUUCAAAAGAUCCAUGAAUAAGAGAUUUACUUAUUUUAUUUUGUCAAAAGCUUCAAAUCUCACUUUUCAUUUAAUGCACUUUAGCUGCCUUCACUACACGACCUGUGAUUUAAUCCUCCGUUUGAUGUGACCGGUCGCAUUUUAUAUGGAGGUCUGGACUCCAUUCUUGAAGCUCCGCCCCUUUUUGGGAGUUCCCAAAUCCCCUCCUGUCCCCUGUUUACUGGAGGUUUUGUGGGGAACCAGGAAGCUGCAGUUUGACAAUCGGAAGCAGAGCAGACGAUGUUUACUUUUCCAAGGUUUUGUUUUCAUUUGCGUUUGGUCGAACCCUGGCAGGAAGCUGCAGAUGUUGAACGGUACCAAAUGUUAAACUGUGAAGAGGUCCAUUUCUUUUUGUUUUUGUUGUUGUUAGCACACGUGUGUAGUUGGUUAAAAAUGUGAACCCUUCAGGGUGUUCUCGUCUCGUUCUCUGACGUGUUUCUGUAAACCUGAUGGUAGUGAACGCACCGACCUGACAGCUUCCUGCAGUUAGUCUUCAGGUUCUGGCUGAUCCCACUUGAACACUUUGACACUAUGCAACAAACGGUUCUUCCUCACCGUAGACCCCUCGCACAACCACAUCCUUCUGUUUUCUCUUGGUAUACACAGAGAUGUCAAUCUGUUUUUACUGAUGCUGACCGGAGCCAUUAGAUGUUAGAAAAACAUCUGGUUUUAGUUUUGCUGUAAAUAUGUUUCACAAUGUUUCUGAAAUAAAUAAAAACAUGACAAACUGUUA